AUCCCUUUGUGAUGGUCUGCAUAGUUACCCUGUUAACAACUCAGCUGAUAGUCAGCUGUCUUUUGUGUUUGUCACUGGCCUCUACUUACUCUUUGACUUCUUUCUGUCAGAGCUUUAAAAAUCUCCUCUCUCAUAUGUUUUGGAUUUGUGUUGCAGUGUAGAUGGAGAUGUCAGCAGCUGCAGGUGGCCUGGGGAUGAUGUCUGGUCAACAUCAGCGCUCCCGUACAGUGAAGAGGAGGAGGUGGGGAGGUUUGAGGCAGCAAUGGAAACUUCUGGGCUUGUUUGAGAUUGAUCAGCAGCAUGAGUUCUACAGCCUGACCUGCAUGAUGAAGGAAGGACUGGCAGCAGCCAUCCAAAAUACCAUCGACAAUACACCUACAAAUGAGGUGUCAGAUGAUGACUUCAGAUUAGAGGUCACUCAGAUUCACAAGGAUUUUACAAUGGAGACAUUUGCAGGCCCGGUGUUUGCCAGCCUACGCAGCUCUUUAGGAAUGACAGAGCAGGAGUAUCAGCAGUCACUCUGUUCUGAAAACUGCUAUCUCCAGUUCAUUAGCAACUCCAAGAGCAAGGCUGACUUCUUCCUGACAAAUGAUAAACGCUUCUUUUUGAAGACCCAGAACAAAAGGGAAAUCAAAUUCCUUCUGGCCAACCUGAAGAUCUACAUGGAACAUCUGAGGACAUACCCACAUUCACUGCUCGUCAAGUUCCUAGGUGUUCACAGGAUCAAAAUCCCACACAGACGGAAGAAAUACUUCAUUGUCAUGCAAAGUGUGUUUUAUCCAGAUGAUCGAAUCAAUGCCAGGUAUGACAUUAAGGGCUGUGAGGUGAGUCGUUGGACGGAACCUGCACCGGAGGGAAGCCAGAUUAUCGUGGUUCUCAAAGAUCUCAACUUUGAAGGCCAGUAUAUCACUCUGGACCAGCAGCGGCCCUGGCUCCUGCGGCAGGUGGAGAUCGACACACACUUCCUCUGUAGGCUCAAUGUAUUGGACUACAGUCUUCUCCUGGCCCAUCAGCCCUUACACCACGAUGAGCGUCACCAGAGUCUUUCCUUUGCAAGUCUCAUCAUGAGAACCAAAAAAUCUGUGAAUCCAGGCUACAGCCCUGUUCAUACAGGCACAGCUGCUGUCCCUGGGGAAGUGCCAGAAGAUGAUUCCAUCUUACUUUUAUCUGAAAUGGACAGCAGGUGUUUGAAGCAACCACAAGAAGCAGAUGCAUCAAGUGGAAGCACUCCUCAAAUGUGCCAAAAGCAUGCUGGGCCAGACAGUGAUGCAACUGAGCUUCCUGACUUCAGGGCCCAAAACCGCCGUUUACUACCUAACUUAAAGAAUCCUCUGCAUGUCAUUGAUGGGCCUGAGCAGCGUUACUUCAUUGGCAUCAUUGACAUUUUCACAGUUUACAGUUUUAAGAAGAGGCUUGAGCACUGGUGGAAAAGGCUGAGACAUCCAGGCCGGUCUUUCUCUACUGUCAGUCCACAGACUUACUGCCUCAGGCUGUGUGAGUGGGUACAGGACCAUACUAAAUAGGCCAUGGAUGAGGGAUGGAGACUUACCACCAACUCUCACUGAGCAUGUCCAAACAACCAAAUGGUCAACUGAAGUCCACACACAUGCACAUACAUGAAACAAGUUUACCUGCUGUUCCAUGGUUCAGAUCCUUUCAUCUUUCCACAUGCUCAAACACAAGCCUGACCUCUAUGGUGUUGUAUUUUUGUCUCAUUUCUGAGUGUCCAGUAAACCCUUUGAGCAAAGAAAAAUGUUUUCUACAUUUUAUAUUUUGUAGAGAAAUUAUUAUCAUGCAAUACAAUGAGACCAAUGAUGCACAAACACAAAAUCUGCUCUGCACUCACUACAUUUAUUUGCAUGUUUCCUUUCUGCAGAAGACAUGUCCUACAUAGCCCUUUCUGUAAAAGAGCUGAAUAAACAAACCAAACUGCAAUUGUGUUUAAACCCACUUUGUGCCAGAAUUAGUUACCAUUCCCCUAUAGGGCAGUCAAAACUGUCAAAACUUACAGACAGCAAUUUGAUUAAAAUUUCAGCAUACUGUAACACUUUUUUAGUAGGUAGUUUACUUAAAUACUGUGAUAAAAAAAACAUGCCACAUGCGACACAUCAUAAAGAGGAUAGGGAAGCCUCUUGUUUCUGAUGUGCCUUCAUAACAGAAAAACUUAGCAUUUCAAUGUAAAUGUUUGCCUGCAUGUGCUUCCAAACCCUAUUUCAUUGUCAUUUUCUUUACAGGGUUUAAUAAAUAUUGUACUUCUACCUUUUUUGCAUUGCAAAGGCAAUGUAAGCACACAUGGUC